AUGUCAUUUAAAUCUGUCAAAUCACAUUUGAUGUCAUGAUAAUAUCAUAUCAUAAUAUUGUAAUGUAAUUUUAAAAGAUUCAAUUUGGAAUACUUGUGAAAGUUUUUAACAUUCCUCAGCAUUAGGAAGUGAAAUUUUGGAAUGUUAAUAUUAAUAAGUUUCUUGACUUACUACCUGACCAAAACUAAGAUAGUCUGUAUUCACAUAAAAACUAGUCUUAUUUUAACUUCUUCAAUUUUAAGGUGCUAAAACAAAGAUGUUCGUCUCAGUUUUGAGAAAUGUGGCUAGUCAAUAUGUUAAGCGAUCUUUUACCAGUGCACCUGCUGCAAAUAACAAAAUAGAUUUGCAACAAGAGGCUAUGCUGAAGGAAAAAUGCUUUCUAGUCGAUGAUAAUGAUAAUAUUACUGGUGCGGCGAGUAAAAGGGACUGUCAUCUAGUUCAGGAAGAUGGUCAUAUUCCUUUACAUCGAGCCUUUAGUGUGUUUUUAUUUAAUAAUCAUGGAGACCUACUUUUACAGAAAAGGUCAUCAGAGAAGAUAACUUACCCAGAUUGUUACACAAAUUCAUGCUGUAGCCAUCCUUUAGCAGAUUACCCUGAAGAAGCAGAAGGGGCUGUUGGUAUAAAAAAGGCGGCAAAAAGAAGACUAAUUCAUGAGUUAGGUAUUAAACCGGAUACAAUCUCUUUGGAGAAUAUGCAUUACAUUACAAGGAUACAUUACAAAGAUCCUGGUAAUGGUAAAUACGGAGAACACGAAAUAGAUUAUGUUCUAUUCAUACAGCAAGAUGUUAAACUUAAGCCCAACCCUGACGAAGUGUCAGAGAUAAGUUUUGUACCCAGAACGGAGUUCGAUGAUUUUGUUCCCACUUUAACCGGCCAAUGGACCCCUUGGUUCAGUUUGAUUUUGAAGCACAGAUUAAAGUACUGGUGGGAUAAUUUAGAUAAGCUUGAAGAAAUUAAGGAUCAUAAGAAAAUAUUAAAAUUAAAAAGUGAAUAGUAUUCGAGAUUAGGUAUAUUUAAAGGAUUUUUAUUUUGCAUGUGUUUAUAUUUUUGUCUUUAUAAAAGUGCAUAUAAAUUAAAUUAUUAAAAAGUUUAUUAAGUAA